GUUUUCCGUGGGUUGACUUUUCGGCCCCCGCGUGCGGGGAACAGAGAGGCAUCCAGCCGAUGCUCCGUGGAGGGGCGCGCGGCCCUGCAGGCUCCGCUGCGCUGCGGGGUCUUUUUAGUCGCCGCGUCCUCCGCACGCGCCGAGGGCAGAGGAAUCUGUUUCGACUUGAAUUUUCCUGAGACUGAUCAGAAGUUAGUGACUCCUGCUUUGGAUCUAUGUUUUUGUUCAGGAGCUCGAUUUUGCAGCUCUCAGGUUUUACUAGAAUGCUGUAAACAACGCCUUCUGCUUCUUGACAGUUUCGUCAGAGUUGCAACUUCUUCCCAGUAACAGAAACUUACAGUUGCAUUCAAUGCCUAACGUUGUAGAAACAGAAAGGUCAAAUGAUCCUGGAAAUGGUGAGCACAGAUCUGAGAGGAAGUCUCCUGAAGAGAAUCUACAAGGUGCUGUAAAAUCUUUCUGCACAAGUGCCUCAGGGGCACCCUUGGGUCCCAAAGGAGAUGGUCACUAUCCAUGGAGUUGUCCAGUGACUCACACACGGGAAAAAAUUUAUGCCAUCUGUUCAGAUUAUGCCUUUCUCAACCAGGCAACCUCAAUCUAUAAAACUCCAAAUUCAACCCGCUCAUCUUGCCUUCCUGACAGUACCUCUUUAUCUGCUGGAAAUAAUUCAUCAAGAUACAUUGGCAUCCCAACUAGCACUUCGGAAAUAAUCUAUAAUGAAGAAAACAGCCUGGAAAACUUAUCCAAUAGCUUGGGCAAGCUGCCUCUUGCGUGGGAAAUUGAUAAAUCUGAGUUUGAUGGAGUGACCACAAAUUUGAAACACAAAUCGGAUCUGGAAGGCAGUGGUGAUGGCUCAAUUAGUUGGGUUCCUGCCACCUACCCACAUGGGAGACCUGGAUUUGAUUCUCUGCUUCCAGUUCUGGGCUGUCCCAGUCUUAGCCAUCGCAAUGCAAAGAAACAAAUUUCUAAGAAGAAAACUUCAGAUAAAAAGGGAAGACAUCAGAGGGAGUGUCUUCCUCAUUCUCCUCUUGAAGAUGUUAAGCAGAGGAAAGUAUUAGACCUCAGACGAUGGUACUGUAUAAGCCGACCACAGUAUAAGACUUCUUGUGGUAUCUCUUCAUUAAUUUCUUGUUGGAAUUUCUUAUAUAGCACAAUGGGAGCUGGAAAUCUUCCACCUAUUACCCAAGAAGAGGCUUUACAUAUUUUGGGUUUUCAACCUCCAUUUGAAGAUAUUAGGUUUGGUCCUUUCACUGGAAAUACAACACUUAUGAGAUGGUUUAGACAAAUUAAUGACCAUUUCCAUGUAAAAGGAUGCUCUUAUGUUCUGUAUAAGCCUCAUGGGAAGAACAAAACAGCUGGAGAAACUGCUUCAGGGGCCUUGUCAAAGUUAAUGCAUGGAUUGAAGGAUGAAUCUCUGGCUUAUAUCUAUCAUUGCCAGAAUCAUUAUUUUUGUCCAAUUGGCUUUGAAGCAACUCCUGUUAAACCUAGUAAAGCAUUCAGCAGGGGUCCUCUCUCAUCACAAGAAGUAGAAUACUGGAUUUUAAUUGGAGAAUCAAGUAGAAAACAUCCUGCCAUUCACUGUAAAAAAUGGGCAGAUAUUGUUACUGAUCUAAACACUCAAAAUCCAGAAUACCUAGAUAUCCGGCACCUAGAGAGAGGGCUGCAGUAUCGAAAAACAAAGAAGGUCGGGGGGAAUUUGCAUUGCAUCAUAGCAUUCCAGAGACUUAAUUGGCAAAGAUUUGGCCUCUGGAGCUUUCCAUUUGGAAACUUAAGACAAGAAUCACAACCUCCAACACAUGCCCAGGGAAUUGCUAAAUCUGAGAGUGAAGACAAUAUCUCCAAGAAGCAACAUGGGCGUCUGGGCCGAUCCUUCAGCGCUAGUUUCCAUCAGGACUCUACAUGGAAAAAGAUGUCAAGUAUCCAUGAGAGAAGGAACAGUGGCUACCAGGGCUACAGUGAUUAUGAUGGGAAUGAAUGACUAUGCUGGGUACUGAACAACUGGUGUUGUACAUGUAACUGUUAUAUACAGGACUGUAUUAAGACAGUAGAUUUUAUUGUUUAUAUUAAAUAGAAACAGAUCUUGUGGUAUAAAACCUAAUCUUGUAGUUCUCCAGUAAAUAAUCUUGUAUUUGAUUGUGCUGGGCAAUUUCAGAUACAUAAGUAGAUAAGCACAGAUUAUUGUCCUUUUAAAGUUUAAUAAUAUAUGAACAGUCUGGAUAUUUCACAAAAUCCAACAAAACUAUAACUGCUGUGUAAACAAAUCAAACAAAAUUAACAGCAUAAAAUUUGCAUACUUAAGCAUGAAGUGAUUUGUUAUAACUUGAUCCCUAAACAUUUGUUAAAGACAGUUUUAUUCUUAGGAUCAAGGUGUAAGUUGCCAUCCACCCAUAAAAAUUGGGGACUGUCAAUUUCUAGUUUUUGCUGAUGGUUAAAACUCAUUUAAAAUUAGUGAGUCUAGUAGUUCAUUUGCUUAUAUCGGUAUCUUGCCUGCCUCAUUUAUUUCCUGAUUAAUUUUCUCAGGAUUUUUGAUAGAGGGGCAAAAGAAAAAAACAUUCAAGAAACUGAUUUUUUUUUCCUACUGGUGCAAGUGGAUAACUUAGUUCAUUGAUUCAGAUAUUCUUGACUUGAUAUGUUGUUAUCAAAUACAGACAGAAAUUGUAGGUCUUGAAAGACAUCUCAAGUCUAAAAUUAACUUUUGUUUUAGAGAUAGAGUAAAACAAGUAACAUCUGUAGUUUUUAUAUCCAAUGUAACCUGUGAAACAAGAUCUUUUGAUACUUGAUUGGUCCUUCAAUAUGGAGUCAUACGUUGAAAACAGCAUUGAAGAUGCAUUAGGAAUGCAGAAAGAGGACACUACCCAUACUCCAAAUCUGAGCUGUUUCUUUUUUCAUAGCAUAUAGAUGAUUAGCUGUUUGAAAUGAGUAUUAAAUAUCUGAAAAGUGUGGCUUUCAUAUAUUUGAGCUCUCUAGCUGCUGUUUUUCUUCUGCUGCCAGCUGUGACUCAAAAAUAAUUAGAAUCUGUUCUUUCCUUUCAGGGUCUUGUUUGAGGACUCAAAUCAGUAACUUGUUGAUUACAAGGUGCUGAAUAUGUUGGUAACCAUAUCGCAAUACACCUCAAGGAGAGGGUUCAGAUUUUUAUUUUUAAAAUAUUUUGUUUUCUCUUGAAUUUUAUAUCCAUUUAUCCACUCAUACAUACCUAGCCUACAGAAGGGAAUAUAUAUGUGAAAUGGUCAUUUUUCUGAAGAGACUAUUUUGCUUGCAAUGCAAAUGACUGAAAGAUAUUUGUAGGUUGUCAAUUUUGUUACUUCAUACUGGAACUUUUAAAACGUUUUCAUCUAAUAAAGUUUUGUUUUCUACUUUUAA